AACAGGCUCACGUAGUGGAGCCUGAGCAACGCACGAAGAUGCUGUUUUAGUUUUACUGAGGUUUCUUCACCAUAACAAUCCCAGGUUCCGCCCAGAGUUCCAGUCCUUGUUUUUUUAAUUGCGUUAGUAAAGAAAAAGACUUUUGAUAUAUUUUGUAACUACAGGAAGCGUAAUUUUCGUUGAAGCAAACCUAAAUGAAUUUCUUCAAGCAAGGCACCGAAGAAUCAACAUUUCUGUGCAAUUAAAAAUGGAAUUAUUAAAACCUGCUGACGGAAGAAAGAGGGAUGUGCCUGUUAUCAGUCAUGGAGGAUCACAAACGGAGGUUAGUGCAAGAAGCUCUGAACUCCAUAAAGUGAUUAGUCUACUUGAAGAUCCCUUGACUGCCAACUUGAAGGAGAGGCACCUUUUCGUCCUGAAGAAACUGCUGAACAAAAACAACAACGGCUUUCUUCUGAGAGAGCUGACUGGCAUAGCCAGAGUCCUUCAAAUCUGCACUCAGAAAGUGAAUGAGCACCCUGAGUAUUUACUCAUUCUGUGUGAAGCUCUAAAACUUUGUCGGCUUCCCUUCCUAAAGGAGAGAGCAUCUGAUGAGCUGGACUAUGCUCAGGAUGUUACAGACUUCCUCUCCCACUUGGGCUACCUGAUGAGGGUCUGUGAUGCUGAAGUCAGGCUAAACGUCAUUGAAUCUGUGAAGUCCUUCUACAGCUGCGUGCCUUUCAAUCAUCAGCUGGACAGCAUGGACAACCCAACUAAGCCAAAGUCGCAGACUCGCCUUUCAAAAAGCUGCUUUUCAAAAUAUUCCCUCAGAUUCCAACAAACGUCUCCAGGCUACAGGCUGAAGCUACUGGAGCUCAGUGACCUUCCCAGAACAUUGCUCCUCUCCAUGGCUGCUCUGGAGAACCAGCCAGCCCUCAAGCCACAGCUCCUGAGGACGCUUCAGACCCUCUCCAACUCAUCUGAUGCUAACUGUGCUUCCAUACUGCAUGCACGAGGAGCAGAGACAAUCUGUCUGCACAUGAAUGAACCUGAUCCGUCCGGCCAAGUUCUUCCGCUCUCCUCAGAAAUACUCUGUAACCUGCUGGGGAGAGGCAACAAAGAGGAAGUCAGCACACAGCUCAGCAGCUUGGAUUGUGUCCUAUCUCUGAAAGAGGCCUUCUCGUACAUCCUACAGAGUGCUUCUCAACAGUCUGACCUCCAACUCAGAAAUGACCUGCUUAUGAUCAUAACAGUCGUUGCUGAAAACCCAAACUCUGCUCUCAUGGAGAGUCUACUUGCCCAACAACUUGUGCAUUUCAUCACACUUCCAGAGGAGAAAAGUCCAAGCUGUGGGGCCCACAAUUUGGGCCUGACCUACAAAAACGAAAAUUUCAAAAUGAAGAAGAUGCUAUUGAAUCUUCUGAUUCCCUUGUCCAAAGAUCUUACUGCACUGCAGCUUUAUGAAGACGAACGAGUCAUGCUAAGCCUGCUAAUGCUUGUAAGGCCACCCGGUGUUUUGUCAGAGCACCAGCCUGGUUCAUGUCACUGGUCCAGCAUCCGGCAGGAAGAACUCCAGCUGCAGGCACUGGUCACCCUCACUGCCAUCGCUCCACUCAUGCUGAACGACUACAUGUCAUAUCAGGGGAACAAUUACCUUCUGCUCCUGCUGGACUGGUGUGUCGAAUCAGGUGCAUCCUAUUUCCAGAGUCAGAGCUUUCAUGCCAGAGAGGGCAAAAGAAACAAGAAAACUCUGAUGCUCCAUUGCAUCCGAGUUCUCCAAUCUGUAACAUUUCAGGGAGUGGAGUUUGUGAACCAGGACCUUUGUGAUCAAGGAGCCAUCCACCAGCUGCUGGAGAUUCUAAUGCAGAUGGAAGCAAGGACUUAUGAGGACGAUGAGGUCGCUGUGGAGAUUAUGUCGGAUAUUCAGCUUUUGCUUUCAACACUGUGUGAGACGGACUUGCACAGAAAGGAGCUGUUUGGGUUACAGGGAGCUGAGAUGGCAAUUCAGUUCCUGAGGAAAGGCUCCAGCAAGUUUUACAGCGGCUUGGGCCACAACAAGCUCCUCCUCUCUACAGUCGACUGCGUGUGGUCAGGCAUUGUUGGCUGCUACCAGAUAGAAGAUUACUUUCUGGAAAAAGAAGGCGUUUUUCUUCUGCUUGAUUUACUCAGUACGAGCCCCAGGUGUGUGCAUGGCGUUGUGCUUUCCACCGUCCUGGAUCUGUGUGAUAAUCCAAACACUCUGCCUCAUCUCCUGAGCUGGAGGGACGGGACGGGUCAGACGGCUCCUCGGCUCCUGCUGCAGCUGUGGAGGGAGGAGGAAGAGGACCUGGGUGUCAGCCGAAACCGUCAUGGAGGGAUAGUUGAUCCUCAGAGGCCCCUCCUGAACUGCUUCCAGCUGAAUGAGAGCGGUUUGACCUUUUCCUCCAACAAGGCCAGUUUAGCAGUGAUGGAAGUCUCAGAGAACCUUCGGGCAAAAAUAUAUUUUAUCUUCUAUUAUCUGGGUUUUCAGGAGCUCCCUGGUUUGUCGACAGAGGACUACGUGACUCUGAGUAUUGUCAAGCGAUAUCUCGAUUUCAAGGUUGGCGAGGUCUGGGAGGAAAUUAGCAGAGAAGUGAGACGCGAAAAUGUUUGGCUGUUCAGCUAUGAUGAGGAGGCCCUGACUAACAUCUGUAAGGCUUCAGAGGACACAGCAAGGAGGGUGGUGGAAGAACAAAACCACAUACUAGAACAGCGGCAGAAGGAAGACAUCAGAAGGGAGACACAUUUUUAUACAGAGAUUAAGUCUCACCGGAAGCAAGAGGCACUCAUGGCAAAAUCUUGGGACAGUUACGUUUCAAGGACCUCAAGUUACAAAGUCUUGAAGGAAGUGAAAGCUCACAGGGAGAGUUACAGUGAAUCAACCAGACCCAAGGUGAAGGAUGAGGAGGCUGUCAAUCGUCCUGCAAAGCAUUUCAUUGGGCACAUCUUGGCUGUGGAGAGCACUGGAGCUAAGGGGCCUGCAGGAGUUAGGGUGAAACUGGGCAGAACUGCAAUCAAGGCAAAAACUGCGACAUGAAACCAUGACGACUUCAGCAGAGAGUGAAGAGCUGCUGGCUCCACACGUUACAUUUGUACAUGCACUGUGCAUUCAGAACAGACCAAAGGGCAUCAGCAGGCCUCCUAAUAAAGUGUUGCAGUUUGAUGCAUUCAGGUGAAUUUCUGCGUAAAUAAUCAACUUUUGUUGCCUUAAUUGUGACCCAGGAGCUGUGCACACACAUACAAAAACAAAUGCCCAGUGACUUACAACUUUACUUAUGAGAGACGUGACACAUAAUUUUUAUUUUAGCCACCAGUUAAAGCUGUCUGAGCUUAAACAGUUUUGUAUCUUGUGUGAAUCCAGUCAUAUGUGCUCCAUUUCUGACGGGGUGAAGCAGUCAGAAAGGGGCAAAGGUGUUUAAAUUUAAAUCUGAAAAGAGACACUUAAAAGUGAUCAGAAUAUUUAAAGUAAGAAUCAAUCUAAUCCCACAAUUUAAUCUGAACACAUUACAGUUUAAACUAAAAUGAAGCAUUUGCAUCCUUUUUCAUGUUUCUGAUCGAUCUACCAGUUUUAACUUUUAUGCCAAAGUGGUGAAUUUUUCAUUCUGCUGCAUGAAUGUGUUCAGGGAAUCAUGAGCUGAAGGACCUUGAUAGCAGCAGAGUCAUUACGUAACUAUAUUUCAAUAAAAUAUUGAAGCUUCCUUUGAGGGUUAUGUAUUUAGUCCCUGUCUGUCUUUACAUUAACAAUAGAAAAAGCUCUGACAUCAGAGUUUUGGGGGUUACAUAAGUCACUGCAGUACAUUAACCCGCAUGUUCCUUCAAGCAUGAACCACACUGCAGAGGGCUGCAACUCUGCCUGGCUGGACUGCCAAACCCCUCCUGAUGAGUAGGGUCUUUUCAUGAAGCUUUUAGAGUGUGGGUGUAGGACGGGGAUGUUCCUUCAGCACAAAAGAGCACGGACACACUGGAGCCUCUUCAGUGCAGCAGUCAGCUGUGGGGCUUCACAGGUCCACUCGCGGAGUCUGGAGGCUGGAUUUGGAGCUUCUUCUGUAUCUUCUGCAAGGACCUGACGGAAACUGGAGAAUGAUUCUGAGAUUUGGAAGGCUGACACCAGGAUACUUCUGUCUCCUUCAGAGGCAGAUGUCAGGUGAGGUCCGUCUGCGGCCGCAGAGCAGCUUCGUGGAGCAUGUUGCCAUGACAAUGGCUGCGGUGGGGACUGGCAUGUCUCUGUACAGCGCCAGGCAGAUGGCGGUCAAACGCCUGGGAGAUCACUGAGGGCUCUGUGGAUGCCGUUUGAGACUCUGUGAAUGUCAGAGAGGGUUUGUGAUGGAGCAGGCUGAAAGGAGGGACACGUUUGUGCUGGAAGGAAAAUGUAGGUCUAUCAAAAGCAACGGAUGGGAUUUGAUCAGAGUCACUCAAAUGUGAGUUUGUGCAGGUGCUUUUUAACACAAAUGUUAGUAAACACUGUUUGAUAAACAUUAAAAUAAACUUAAAAAAUUGUAAAUGUAGAGAGGAGAAGGUGGUAGCUAAUAGUUGUUAUCACUUGCUUUUUUGUUGACCAUCUCAGGUCCAGUUUUCCUUCAUAAAGUUUUGACUGCUUACCAAACAUAUAACCAAUAAUUACCUGAAUCACAACCACAAUUACCAUUUUAAUUCUGAACAUUUUUAUUAAGUGUUAAUUCUGAAUAGUCGCUGUGAUUUUUUUUUAAUAAAUGGCUUGAGAAUU